UUAAAUGAAUCUGCGCCCUCGAAAUUAAAGUGUGACGUUUGUUUUCCUCCACCCGGACUGUUGUACAAUCAUGUCACAUGUGCAGCAGUAGCUCACGUUUAAAGUUUGCCGUAAGGACACACGACUGUGACUCCAGGUUGUGCUUCAUGUAUGCUGAGGAUGUUUAGUCUCAGCAGUCUUGGAGGACUCCGCUCAUAUAUGACAUCAAGGAGCAUCCUGCAGUCAACAAUUAAAUCAUCCCACACUCCAGGAACAAAUAACCUUUCACAUCAUGUUCCAAAGGGCAUGUUCUCCUUGUACAGAUCCCUCAAAAAGAUGCAACAGGCCCAGUUCAGGACAUCAGCUCAUGGUUUUCCUUCACCACACCAUCGUCAAUCAUGUUUAUUCUUAGAACCAAGAGCUUCCUAUUCUCAGAGCUCCUCUAAACCUCCAAACCCAGGCUCGUUCGCAGGGAUCAAACUGCGCACUCGACUGGUGGUGACACUGCUGUUUGGAGGUGGUAUCAUAGGUACCUGGUGGUAUGUGUACCAGGAGAAGCAGCAGAGGCUGCAGAAGCAGAGACUGGAGCAGUUGAGGAAGGUGGCUGUAGGACAGGGAGACUUCCACUUGUUGGACCACACGGGACAACGCAGGACUAAACGGGACUACUUGGGCCAUUGGGUGCUCUUAUACUUCGGUUUCACCCACUGCCCAGAUAUCUGCCCAGAUGAGCUGGAUAAGAUGACCAGUGUGGUACGUAUUCUGGAUAAAGACCCUAGCUUGCCCUCUGUUCAGCCUUUGUUCAUCACAGUUGACCCUGAGAGAGAUGAUGUGGCCGCUAUGGCUAAGUAUGUGAAAGACUUCCAUCCACGACUAGUUGGACUGACAGGGACCGCAGAGGAAGUGAAGGAGGCAGGACGGGAUUAUAGGGUCUACGCCAGUGCUGGCCCUAAAGAUGAGGAUGGAGAUUAUAUUGUGGACCACACCAUACUAAUCUACCUGGUUAAUCCAGAUGGCCUGUUUCUGGACUACUACAAUAGAAUGAAAAAUGACAACCAGAUUGCUGAGAGUGUUCGAAAUCAUAUGAAAAUGUAUGUUAAAUUAUUUCCAGAUUAAUACAUGGAAUUGUGAAAAAAACUUUGUGCACAAAGUUUGUAAUUGCCACACAAUAAACUGACUUGGUAUGGGCAAUGAUUUCUGAUUCAGUUCAGCUGAUUAAACCAGC